CUGAUACUUCGCUUCUCAACUUCGCAUUUUCAUCAACCUCAACAUUUUCAGCUUAUCAAAAUGACUCAAUCGACUUCAAAUCAAAACAUUCUCGUAGUAGGAUGUCUCAGAACAAUGAAGAAUGGUUCAUAUCAAACACUUAUCACUAAUCUAGAAACUAAUCAUCCAUCAGCUCAUCUUGAUAAACAAAUGCCAGAUCGAAUCACAGAUGGUGGAAGUAGUCUCACUACUUCAUCUUUCGAUGCUAUACACUUGAUCCUAGAUCCAGCAGAUUUAAAUACAAAAGGAAACUCCAUCACUUCAAAUGAUGAAACUACGACUUCUUUCCUUAGUCAAAUUAUUCCCUCUUUGAAACCUUCUGGUCAAUUCUCUUGGAUCACUCAAUCUUUCAAUCAAACCAAAGUCGAAUCUGUUUUGAAUUCUCUUCAGCUACUCGAUGUCUCUUCUAGUUCUUCUCCUGGUGAAUGUAUUCUCUUUACUGCUUCUGCACCUGUCACAACUUCAUCCGAUACAACACCAUCAGCAGUAACCCUAAACCUCCCCAAGAAAUCACUCAAAGCAUCUCUAUGGUCAUUCACAACCACAUCCGAUACAGAUCUAAUAGAUGAAUCAACCCUACUAACCGAAGAAGACUUGAUAAAACCAUCGACAAACGGAGAAGUAGCAUGUAAUCCCAAAAAAGUUAAAAAGGCUUGUAAGAAUUGUAGUUGUGGUCUACGUGAACUAGAAUUAAUGGAAGAAAAUGAUCUGCCAUCCAACUUGAAGGCUAAUGGAUCUACUAAACCUCUUACGGAGGGAAAGCUAGGUGUUAAAGGUGCUGCUACUGUUACUAGUAGCUGUGGUAGUUGUUAUCUUGGUGAUGCUUUUAGGUGUUCAGGUUGUCCUUAUCUAGGUAUGCCUGCAUUCGAACCGGGUCAGGCAGUCAAACUUACUGCCGAGAUGGGUGAUGAUAUCUGAAGAUACCCUUUGGUCGAUCGAAAGUUCAUCCUACUUUGUCUUAACGAUCCCAAGGACCCAUUUUACUUUCUUUUGUAUCUAGUUUGAUCUUGUAAUUGAGAUCAAUCUAAACUGUUUUGUUUAUGUGAUUCUUUACUAUCCUGUAACUUUGC